UUUCAGCGAAGGUGAGGGAUAAGACUAACAUAUAUUCAUGGCUCACAAUUCUAAGUGAUAUUUAGAACUUGUUUGUAAUGCUUUAUUUGACGUUACGAGACCAACUUGCCCUUUAGUUUUUAUUGCAGCCUCGCGAUUUAGCAGUUAUGGCCGGCGUGUCCAACUAUGCACUGCGCAUGGCCCGGCUGAGUGCUCAAAUAUUUGGGGACGUGGUACGCACGACAGACUCCAAGUCGAUGAAGGUGGUGCGGCUUUUUCAGGAGCCUCCCAUGGCUAAGAGGAAGGAGGUGUACGACUGGUACCCGCAGCACAAGAUCUACUACGCGAUGACACAGAAGCUCCGGUUUUUGGGACUUUUCAGGGACGAGCACGAGGAUUUCAAAGAAGAGAUGCGUCGCCUGAGGAAGCUGAGAGGGAAAGGUGUGCCAAAGAAAGGAGAGGGGAAGAGAGCGGCUAAGAAGAAGUGAGCCACGGCGUUGCCGCUGUGGCACAUCGAAAUUGGGACUGUUGAGAGCCUUUAAGAAUUCACCGCCCUUUCAAUAUGACGUUUGCAACAUUCGUUGGCUUCAUACCCAGUGGACGAGAUGUGUAUAAAGACUGUUUGGACUAGUAUAUGAAAUUUUAGUGUCAUAUACUCAUUUUAGUGCAUCUUUGGGGUUCAGGAUAUGCAAAAAUAUUUGUUGACUGCACUUGAAAUGUUGAUAAAUGUUGAAAGUUUUGACAGGAGCAACAUUAAAGAAGGCUACAUCCAUCCA